UCUUGAACUGUAUUUCUCCGCAUAUCUCAUCUCCGCGCCGUGACUUCACCAUAACACUCGCUGCCAUUAUUGCUAUGGGUCCCAACACUGCUACAUCCAAGGUUAGACUGUGGUUGAGUAGUUCGUGCCGCUCUUAAAAAAUGAUCACCGAAGCAUUGGUGGUGUCCGAGCCCGGCGCACCGUUCAAAUUUCAACAAGUCGAACUUAACGACGACCUUCGACCAGAUGAAGUCGCCGUCCGCAUCAAAGCCACCGGCGUAUGCCAUACGGACCUGAACUUCUCGAAAGAGAAGUCGAUGCCCGAGCUGUUUCCCGCGGUCCUAGGGCACGAGGGAGCCGGCAUCGUUGAGCGCAUUGGGUCCGACGUCACGAAAGUGUCUGCAGGCGAUCAUGUCAUUGUCUGCUACACAUGUUGCGGGAAGUGCAAGUACUGUCUACGUAAGGAGACUGCAUACUGUGACUUGUGGUUCCAUUAUAAUUUUGGUGUGGGAAGGUUGGACGGAUCAAAGACAUUUUCAGCCACGGCGGAUGGAAAGCCGCUUACUUCUCACUUCUUUGGGCAGAGCAGUUUCGCGAGGAAUAUCCUGGUCUCGGAGAAUGGGUUGGUCAAGGUCGACAAAGAUAUUCCGUUCGAGCAGUUGGCGCCCCUGGGCUGUGGCUUGAUGACGGGCGCGGGAGCGAUGUUGAAUGUGAUCAACCCAACUUCCGACAUAUCUGUUGCUGUGGUCGGAGCCGGAGCAGUCGGUUUGGCGGCUAUCAUGGCGUUGAAAAUACUCGACCAGCCUCCGAGCAAGAUCAUUGCAGUCGAUAUCGUUGCACACCGACUGGAGAUGGCAAGGUCGUUUGGUGCGACUCACACCAUCAAUUCGAAGGACCAGCCGGAUUUAAAAAGAGCGCUCAUGGAUAUCACGAACGGUCGCGGAAUUGAUGGCGCCAUCGACACGACUGGUCGGCCGGAAGUGGUGACGGAGCUGAUUCGGAGUGCUGCAAGGAAGGGAAAAGUCGUGACCGUGGGUGUUGGAGAGCUUUCGGCAGCGGCUUCGGCCAAUAUGUUCGAGAUGGUGAACACAGGAUGUACUUACGUCGGAUGCAACCAGGGGGACUGUUACCCUCAGGAAUUUCUCCCGAAGCUAUUGGGGGCACAGCAGAGCGGCAAGUUUCCUUACGAUCAACUCAUCAAAACGUAUCCGGCCAAAGAUAUCGAGCAGGCGGCGCAUGAUAUACACAGCGGCAAGACGGUGAAGGCAGUAUUACUCUGGGAUUGAGGAUGAGCAGCCGCAAGGGAAUGGCAUCUAGGGACAGACAGCGUGCACUCCGCCCCGGAAUGGCUUCAGGUGAUGCAUUUUUGAUUGAAAACACUACGCAAGGCAGUAUGCUCCAUAAGUACUAUAAGGGUAUGU